AUGGGGUGCACCCUUAUACAGAAGAUGACAGGAGCAAUACAUAUACUUGCCUAUGGAAUUUCAACGGAUCUUUGUGAUGAGUACAUAAAGGUUGGAGAGCGCACUGCGAUCGAAAGCUUAAAGAGAUUUUGUGAUGCUGUAAUUGCAUUGUAUUCCCCCUACACUCGCCAAACAAAAGCGACAUUGCACGUUUACUUCAAGAAGGGGAAGAAAGAGGAUUCCCAGAUAACGUGGGUUAUAACACAUGGACCAGUAUAUUAUUGGAAGAAAGAAGACCUGAGCAAGAUAAUGAGAACGUGCAUCAUAUUGCACAACAUGAUCAUAGAAGAUGAGGGUGACACUAAUAUUUUGGAAUGGACACCUCCAACAGAUGAGUCGGUCUACAAUCGAGACCGAUCAUUUUUGGCAGCACACAUCUCCACUCGCCUCAGCAGGAUUCGCAAUGUAGAAAAUAAUGGAGAUCUUAGGAGAGAUCUUAUGGAGCAUUUGUAG